GACAGGCAGCUGUUACUAAAAUGAGUUGUCUUUCCAACAAGUGUAAAGCACAGGGUAGCUUUGUUCAUAAUCCCUCAUUUUUCAGAACCUGUGCUUAGGAACAUUAACGGACCUAGUCAAUUUAAUUUCAGGAGGUGUAUGGCAUAAUUUAAAUCUGGAAACUAGACGGGGUAUUUGUACUGUGUUCUAGAAAUGCAGCAGAUUUCAAAGAUCACAGACUCACUGCUGAUCAGCAAUUCCAGGUCUGCCUGUAAUGACGAACUCUUGCAUCAUGAGGGCAUCACUCAUUGCAUCAAUGUGUCCCGACAACAGCCAUUCCCUAGUCUGAAGAUCAGCACACUCAGGAUUGCAGUGUUCGAUGACCCACAGGAGAAUCUGUAUGACUAUUUUGACCUCUGUGCUGAUGCUAUCCAGGAUACAGCACAGGGGGGCGGGCGUAGCUUGGUUUACUGCAAGAAUGGACGCAGCCGAUCAGCCACCAUCUGCAUCGCUUACUUAAUGAAACAUCAACAGCUGCCUCUAGAAAAAGCCUUUCAGAUUGUGAAAGCAGCAAGAUCUGUGGCAGAACCCAACAAAGGAUUCUGGUCCCAGCUUCAAAGAUAUGAGGAGAACUUGAUGGCAACGCAAUCAAAGAUGCAAACAAAUUAAUACAGUCUUCCUUUAAAAGAGCAGUCCUAACUCACAUCAUAUCUGUACUACUAGCAGUAUAUCUUUGAUACUGCAUUUGCAGUGCUGCAGCAGCAUGGGAAUUACUCUACAAAGAAGUGUCACAACCCAAGACAAUGUCACAAUGAAAACCCUAUCCCUCUCCAUCAACAAUGCCAUUACUGAACCGUGACAAGAUUUAAAUGUCUGGAUUUGUUGUUAAGACUUAAAUACCUUGGAAUUACUGUGAACAUUUCACUGUUAAUGACUUCUCACAUUGAACUGCUAGAACCAAAAUGUUAUAAAAUAAUAAUGCCUGUUAAAGAAUUGCUAAUCUACUUUACCAUGAAAUCCAGGCUGCAACUAGCAAAAACAUACUACAUUAACUAGAAUAUGGUCUACCAUUCCUAGAUUGUUCUUCUGAAAUCAGUCUGUCAGAUUUACAAAUACUCUGUCUUUCUACUGCUUUACACUAUAUCUUUGUACCUCCUUGUACUCACCAACUCCUACAUCUUGAAAGUUCUGAUCUCCUUUUUCAAAUUCUCAUUUAUAAAUAAAUCCUAACCUGAUUUAAAGAAGUGACCAACAGACAGGCCUGUUGUGCUCAAGUCCUUGAAGGUCCAAAGAGCCAGACUUGAAUAACCAACCAAACAACAACUUUGUUUCCUCCACUAGAGUCAUCCAAACUGAAGACAUUAUUUACCGCAUCUAAACUCUAAUCCUACUCCAUUAAAGCCACGUCCUACAAAGACUUGAAAACAACCUCAGAGCACACUUUUUCAAUUGUUGUUCCAACACUCUGGGGCAGCCUACCACCUAACAUUAGAUUAAGCCAUUCUAAUUAAUAAUUUUGAAACAGAUUUUAGAUACUAAUAUAGUAACGUGUACGUGUUCUCAGCACUCCCCAACAACCUAAUUAGCUACUUUCUUCUAUCCUACACAAGCCACAAUCAUACGUCAUCAAAUUCAGUCAUCAUCCUGUGAUGCUUUGAUAUUAUCAGUAUGCAUAUAUAUGUAAACAUUGUAAAUAAUAAUUAACGUAUUUGUAAGCUACUACAUAUUAAUCAGUGCUUAUUAACUAUAGUUGGCUUAAUGUCUACUAUUAACCCAUUAACUCUUUCUUCUUCUGUAAUCACCACUGCUUCUCUCUUGUGAUUACUUGUGUUCUGCAUCCAUUUUGUAAUGACUUGUACACUUUACUGGGCUGUGGCUGAAAUUGGUUCUACUGAGUCAGGCCACUACGUCAGACAAUAAGUAAUAAUUAAAAUAAAUAAACGCUUUGACUCUUCUGAAGGGGUAAGGGCCAAUCAGUUAGGAAGCUAAUACUUCAGAUCAAUACCUGCAAGGUACACUAUGGCAAGCACAUCAGCUGCACCCAGAAGAAGAAGAAGAAUCUUUUAUCCUAAUUGGAAAAUGCAAGAAUGUUUAAACAAGCAAUCUACUGAAAUUGUUCAUUUCUGGAAAACACUUCUAUGUGUUUUAUUUUGCCUAAAUAAUUCUCUUCAUCUCAUGAAAUCAUCACAGCCAAAGUACCACUGAUCCUCACUUCCCAUGUUACUGACCUGUGACUGGCUCUUCUUCUGUGGCCUACGUGUCAUGGUUAGGUAACCAUGGUAGCGAUGUGACAGAAACAAACAAUAAAGGCAUUUUUUCACAAUGACAUCUGUGCAUUUAAACAAGAAGAAAGAAAAAAGUACAAUAGCUGUAAAAUCUUAUAGGUGAUCCUGUUAAAAAGUAAGAUAUGGAUUAAACUACAAUGUAAAGUCACAUUAGAGAAAUCUUCAGAAAAUUGUACUUGUGAUUUUAAUGCUAAACUCAAAAUAUUUGGAUGCUUUCUAUGGUUUUAAGGGACACCAAAGGGUUAUUUAUAUCAAGCAACUACUAAACAGUUUGAAGGCUCCAGGAUAACUGAUAUGAUUUUCAAAAAUGCUGUGUUGAGGUUGUUUUAUAAAUUUAAUAAGUUAUACCCAUGAGGGAUACUGGACAUGUUUUAUACUAUUGGGGGGGGAUUAAGUAUAUUCUUUGCCUUUCGUGAUAUAGAACAGGGAGGUACAGAGUACAUUUCCCCAUUAUUAACACAAACUUGAGAGCAUUGAAUGGUCCUUAAGGACAAUUUCUACUGAAGACUGGUUGGAGAAACUAAUUCCUAUUAUUAUUAUUUUUUUAUAAGAUGGGGAAGUUGUCUACACCCAAAAUAAAGGGAAUAGUACAUGGGAUUCCAGGUAUGCAGUUUUGGGAACAACUAGUAGAGGAGAACACUAUGCUUGCUUGAGAUAAAGCUAGAGUGACAUUUAAUAUGUUAGAUGGCUAACAGCUGAAAUAAAGGCAAUUGUACGUGGUUGUAAAAGUAUUAAAAUGGGUACUGAUGGAAGUAGACGAUAAGUUCAGCUUGUUUUAGCUUGAGAUAAAAAUUAUAUGUCCAAAGAUAUCUUAACCUGCACAUAUAAAUUAUAUUAGUAGCUUAUGAGGCUGUUUUACAAGAUUAGGAAAGGUCCUUAGAGUUAGAGCUAUACCAGGAAAAUUGUUGAAAACACAUCAGUUUAAGUAUGCAGCACAUUUAAUUAGUUUUAGAUAUUCACACAGAAAUGUCUCCAUAAAUGUUUUUAUAGUUUCCUAAUGAAUGUGAAACUGUUUGUCACCAAGGCACACAAUUGUGAUCACAAAGCAGUACAAUAUAAGAAAGUAAAACACAGUCAAACAUGCAAAAAUCUCAUAAUGACAUGCUUUUUGCAGGGUGGAAAGCCCCUCUACACUCAUGAUGUUGGAAGCUGUGAUCCUCACAUUCAGUACUACUCAUAGGUAAUAACUGAAUCCCCAAGAUACUGAAGACUUAAUCUUUAUUUGCAAAACCCCAGAACUGAGCAUUAGAAAUUGUACAUUAGAGUGCUGUUAUUAGUGUGUCAAGAAUGAGUGAGGCACUUUAUUUUUUAUACUCAUAAUAUACUAUACUGAAUCAGUUGUAUUCUUGUCUAGGCCCAACUUGUUGGAUAUGCAAAUAAAGAUCUAUAGGAAAUUUCAGCAAAAGUG